UAUAAAACUCCGCCCAUCGAACAUUCAGUUGAGCCAGUCGGCAAGUAAGGAAAUGCGGUCCAGAAGAGGAACUGAAACUUAACGGCCAUUUUAAAAACGGAGGAGAAAGAAUCCCGAGGAAAGAAGGACUUAAAUUAAAUGUAAAAAACGGAGUAAACAGUCUGUUGUGGAGUGGAACUGAGGUAAGAGAAGCUGAAGGUAAAGGGCUGCGGGAAGGAAUGGGAAUCUGCAGGUGUCCUGAGACAGGGGGCGCUGUUUCUAAAAUGAAUUCCUCAGAGGAGACAGAGACUGACGAUGGAACCCACGGCCUUGCGAGAAAGAGGGUCCAGGUAGAUAGGGCUGGGUCACCUGCACCCAGCUGUCUGUCUAUGAAGAGUGACCAUUCAAUGAAUCGUCCAAUCUACUUCAGUGGAGAGUUCACAGGUGAUCAAAGGGUCCAGGUAGAUAGGGCUGGGUCACCUGCACCCAGCUGUCUGUCUAUGAAGAGUGACCAUUCAAUGAAUCGUCCAAUCUACUUCAGUGGAGAGUUCACAGGUGAUCAAAGGGUCCAGGUGGAUAGGGCUGGAUCACCUGCACCCAGCUGUCUGUCUAUGAAGAGUGACCGUUCAAUGAAUCGUCCAAUCUACUUCAGUGGAGAGUUCACAGGUGAUCAAAGGGUCCAGGUAGAUAGGGCUGGGUCACCUGCACCCAGCUGUCUGUCUAUGAAGAGUGACCGUUCAAUGAAUCGUCCAAUCUACUUCAGUGGAGAGUUCACAGGUGAUCAAAGGGUCCAGGUGGAUAGGGCUGGAUCACCUGCACCCAGCUGUCUGUCUAUGAAGAGUGACCGUUCAAUGAAUCGUCCAAUCUACUUCAGUGGAGAGUUCACAGGUGAUCAAAGGAUCCACUGCUCACAGGUGUCCAACCAUAUUGUAGAGAGGAGUUCAGAGAAACUGUUCUCAAAACAGCUGACCAGCAGCCCUGUGAAGCAGAAGGAUCUCACUGACUCACUGGAGAGAGAUGAGCAGCACAUUAAAUCCAUAGAAAGAGCCCAGCAAGCACUGAAAACUGCUCUGAAGAAGAAGUUUGAAUGCAUAUUUGAAGGUUUAGCAAAGCAGGGCAACCCAACCCUCCUCAAUGAAAUCUAUACAGAGCUCUACAUCACAGAGGGGGGAAGUGGGGGGGUUAAUGAUGAACAUGAGAUCAGACAGAUUGAGACAGCAUCCAAGAGACACACCACACAUGAGACUGCAAUCAUCUGCAAUGACAUCUUUAAGCCUUUACCUGGACAACAGAGACCCAUCAGAACUGUGCUUACAAAGGGCAUCGCUGGUAUUGGGAAAACCGUCUCUGUGCAGAAGUUCAUUCUGGACUGGGCAGAAGGAAAAGCCAAUCAGGACAUUGAUUUCAUCUUCACUCUUCCUUUCCGAGAUCUGAAUCUGAAAAAGGAGAGAGAAUUCAGUCUGAUGCAACUUCUGCAGCACUACUUUCCACAACUGAAAGAGAUCAAGAGUAUUGAAGAUGAUGAUGUCAAAGUUGUGUUCAUCUUUGAUGGUCUGGAUGAGUGUCGACUUCCUCUAGAUUUCCAAAGCAAUGAGAUCUGCUGUGAUAUAACAGAGUCAUCAUCAUUGGAUGUGCUGCUGACCAACCUCAUUAAGGGGAAUCUGCUUCCCUCUGCCCUCCUCUGGAUCACCUCCCGACCAGCAGCAGCCAAUCAGAUCCCUCCUGAGUGCGUCCACCAGGUGACAGAGGUACGAGGAUUCAAUGACCCACAGAAGGAGGAGUACUUCAGGAAGAGAAUCAGAGAUCGGAACAAGGCCAGCAAAAUUAUCUCACACAUAAAGUCAUCCAGGAGUCUCUACAUCAUGUGUCACAUACCAGUCUUCUGCUGGAUUUCUGCCACUGUACUGGAGACAAUGUUGGGUAAAGAGAGUGGAGAUCUGCCCAAAACUCUGACUGAAAUGUACACACACUUCCUGCUCAUUCAGACUAAUGUGAAGAAUGAGAAGUAUCAUGGCAAUGGUGUGACAAACCCGAAAAUCUCUGAGUCAGAUAGAGAAAUCAUCCUGAAACUGGGGCAGCUGGCUUUUCUACAGCUGGAAAAGGGCAAUCUGAUAUUCUAUGAAGAGGACCUGAGAGAGAGUGGCAUUGAUGUCAGUGAAGCUUCAGUGUACUCUGGGGUGUGCACAGAGAUCUUUAAAGAGGAGUGUGGGUUGGGUGAGGAAAAGGUCUACUGCUUUGUGCAUCUGAGCAUUCAGGAGUAUCUGGCUGCCUUGUUUGUGUUUCAUUCAUGUGUGAAUGAGAACAGAAAUGUACUCAGAGCAGAAGAAUCAAGACCUCGCAGACACAGAGUGCAGCUGUCUGAGUUACACCGGACUGCAGUGGAUCAGGCCUUAGAGAGUAAGAAUGGACACCUGGACCUUUUCCUCAGAUUCCUUCUAGGCCUCUCUCUGGACUCCAUUCAGACUCUAUUAGGAGGAAUACUGACACAAACAGGAAGCAGAUCACCUAGCAUUGAGGAAACAGUAUUGCACAUAAAGGAAAGGAUCAAAAAAGAAUCUUCAGCAGAGAGGACCAUCAAUCUGUUCCACUGUCUCAAUGAACUGAAUGACAACUCUCUAGUGGAGGAAAUCACGAAGUUCCAGAGAUCAGGAGAACUCUCUGAUGAAAAGCUGGAACCACACCAAUGUUCAGCCCUGGCCUUUAUGUUACUGAUGACAGAGGAGAUCCUGGAUGAGUUUGACUUGAAGACCUACAACACAUCAGGAGCAGGUUAUCAGAGACUGGUACCAGUAGUCAGGAACUGCAGGAAGGCCAUACUGAACUACUGUGGCCUCACAGAGAAGUCCUGUGAAAUUGUGGCCUCUGCUCUUCAGUCAUCAAACUCACCCCUGAGAGAUCUGGACCUCAGCUACAAUAGCCUGGGAGAUUCAGGAGUGAAGCUGCUCUGUGCUGGACUGAUGAGUCCAAACUGUAAAGUACAGAGACUGGACCUCAGCUACAAUAACCUGGGAGAUUCAGGAGUGAAGCUGCUCUGUGCUGCACUGAUGAGUCCAGACUGUAAACUACAGACACUGGGGCUGGGUUGGUGUAAUCUCACAGAUGGCUGCUGUGAUGUUCUGGCCUCAGUCCUGCGCUCUCCUCACUCAGAGCUGAGAGAUCUGGAACUCAGAGACAAUGAGCUGCAGGAUUCAGGAGUGAGAGCGCUCUCUGCUGGACUGGAGGACCCAGACUGUAAACUGCAGAGACUGGGGUGAGUACAAACACAAACCCCUUCAAUCAAAAAGGUUUCCAAUGUGACACAAUACAGCACUAAUGUUAAUAAUGACUAAAUAUAGCACUGAUAUUACUAAUGUUUUUAAUGUUAAAAUAGAAAAGAGAGUUAUUUUUCUUCA